AGAGCAAUGCAUGAAAUUUGUUUCAAUUCGCGGUGUCGGUCGGUGAGAGCGUGAUUCACUGAAAGUUCACAAUCAAUCUCAGCCGACAGCUGCCAUUUUCCGCCAUUUCCGGCAUCUUUUAAAUCCACGUGUCUCCUAUCCCAUUUUGCUCUUUCUUCCUCAUUUGCUAAUACCUCUUGUCUUUUUCCCGUUCCUCUCUAUAUGGUUGCUACCCUCUACUAUAUCAAGCACUGAAAUAUUAAAACCAGUAAGCUGCUAAAACAGCCAAGCGGGAUGACACUUCGCAUUUUGCAGUAUUCUGGGUUUUAGUUAGCUCACUCAAUACUCAGGCAAUAUCACUACACACCCUUAUUUUGCUCUCUAGGGUUCCAAGAGGAGCAUACCCAUUUGAGUUCUGGAAGGGAGUGUUGCUAAUCUGAGCUGAGAUGUUAAAUUUCUUAAUAAGAAAAGAUGUUAGGAAGAUUCUCAAGCGCAAAGACAGCGAUGCGGGGGAAAAAGGAAGAGCACUGGAAGAGUUAAGAGCGUCUCUUUUUAAUGAAUUUCGCUCCUCUGAAGGUGCAAAGCGUCAGCAGCAGCGUAUUUGUGGUCCUGCUGUUGCACUUUCCUUCAAUUUUCUGGUUGCCGUUGGUAUUAUUUUCAUGAAUAAAAUGGUGCUUCAAACUGUUAAUUUCAGAUUUCCUAUUUUUCUCACACUAAUUCACUAUCUGGUGAGCUGGUUCUUCAUGGCUGUACUAAAAACCUUUUCUCUUCUCCCUGCAUCUCCUUCCUCAAAAUCGACCCAAAUGUCAAGUUUAUUUACUCUUGGAUUUGUCAUGUCUCUUUCAACCGGCCUUGCUAAUGUCAGCUUAAAAUAUAAUAGCAUUGGUUUCUAUCAGAUGGCUAAGAUUGCAGUAACACCGUCAAUAGUUCUGGCUGAAUUUAUACUGUAUACGAAGAGAGUUUCUAUGGCCAAGGCUUUAGCACUCGCUGUGGUAUCUAUUGGAGUUGCAGUGGCUACGGUGACUGAUCUGCAGUUCCAUGUAUUUGGCGCUUGUGUUGCAGUGGCCUGGAUUAUACCCAGUGCUGUGAACAAAAUCCUUUGGUCUAGACUGCAGCAGCAAGAGAACUGGACUGCUUUGGCGUUGAUGUGGAAAACAACACCUAUUACGUUGAUUUUCCUGGCUGCUAUGUUGCCCUGCUUAGAUCCUCCAGGUGUACUUUCCUUCAAUUGGAACCUUCAGAACACACUGGUGAUUUUUGCAUCAGCUAUUCUUGGAUUCUUGCUUCAGUGGUCUGGUGCUUUAGCACUUGGUUUGGUGGACUUCUGUCUCUUGGGAGGCAAAGAGAAUUUCUCUGAAUUCUUGCUAAAUGACAGUGCCACAUCAGCGAUCUCGCACGUUGUUCUUGGGCAGUUUAAAACCUGUGUCCUCCUUCUGGGAAAUUACUACCUGUUUGGAUCUAAUCCCGGCAAAACCAGUAUCUGUGGAGCAUUUACAGCGAUCGCCGGCAUGUCUGUUUAUGCUUACCUUAAUAUGAACUCGCAAUCGAUGAAGGUAUCUCCUCGUCAGACAUCGGCUUUACCAAAAUCGAAACUCGGCAAAGAAAAUGGCAACUCCAAGCUCGGCAAAGAAAACGGCAACUCCAUUCACGAUGGACAUUACGGUGCAGAAUCUGUCUAACAAGAAAGCCUAACGCUGCAUUACAUGGGAUCAUGGAUAUGACAUGAUUAAGGUAUUAACCAAGAACAACUCAUUCUUUCUUUCUGAUUCCUAGGAUUGUCUCUAACCAUUUUCAGUGUUGACAAAAUAUGUUUAUUUGUAUGAAUGAACACCGCUUGUAUAAAUGGAUGUUUUGGCGGAUUCUUCACCAAAGUUAUAGUAGUCUGGUUUUCAUUA